UGUAUAUUUUAUUGAGCCAUUGAAAUUCUACCGGUUUCAAACAAAUCCGGAGAAAAUCUGAAAUUCUGGAAGGAUCCCGCCAAGAAGUGGUGGAAAUAGAAAGUAUAACAGAUUUAGAUGAGGGUAUUUUGAUCAUUUGGUUGAACUGAGUAUAGUCUCUCCCUAAGGCCUGAACUUGUAGGCUAAAGAUAUACGGAGGUAGAGCUUUUCCCUGUCGUUGGGAAGAAGAUACAAAGUAGCUAAGCAACUUAAAGAUCAUCGUUCUCGUCGCCGGCGCACCAAAAUUGCCCUUUAAGAAGCUACCUUUGAAACCUGGGUAGCAUUUUACGGUUCUCUCUUCUUUGAAGCUUGGAGUUCAAAUUUCUAUAGUUUCUGGUGCAGUAAAGAUUUGGUGAAGGCGAAUGUGGAAUCUGCAGUUAUUAUUUGAAGACAUGAAAUUGAAGUACCAGAAAUUGAAGGUUAUGGCCCAUGUAGAAUCAACUGUUAGUUCAGAAAGGGAACCGAUACAGAAUAGUGCAGUUCCUGGGAAGCCCCGAAUUUUAUUAGCUGCAAGUGGAAGUGUAGCUGCAAUAAAGUUUGGAAGUCUGUGUCACUCAUUUUCUGAAUGGGCAGAAGUUAGAGCAGUUGCCUCCAAGGCAUCUUUACACUUUAUCGAUAAAGCAUCACUUCCUCAGGACGUUGUUCUUUACAGCGAUGAGGAUGAAUGGUCCAGUUGGAAGAAAAUAGGUGACAAUGUGCUUCAUAUUGAGCUCCGCCGAUGGGCUGAUGUCAUGGUUAUUGCACCCUUGUCAGCGAAUACACUUGGCAAGAUUGCUGGGGGCUUGUGUGACAACAUCUUGACAUGCAUAGUUCGAGCCUGGGACUUUAGUAAGCCGCUUUUUGUUGCACCAGCGAUGAAUACCUUUAUGUGGAACAAUCCUUUCACACAACGGCAUCUUGAUUCAAUCGAGCUUGGUGUUUCUCUGAUUCAUCCAAUCACUAAGAGAUUGGCUUGUGGGGAUUAUGGCAAUGGUGCAAUGGCAGAACCUUCUGUCAUCUACUCUACUGUGAGGCUUUCUUUGGAAUCAGCAGCACAAGCAACUGGUGGUACUGGUCUACAUUUGCCUGUGUUAUAGAUUGUCCGUAUAAUGAAAUGACCAGACCACAGUGACUGCUGUAACAAUAUGUAUACAAACACAGGAUCUUAUUUCUGGAUUGAGUUUCCUUUCCCUUAAUCCAUGGGAUCUUACCCUCCUAUUGGACUGAGAAAGGGUAUUAUGGGCAUUCAUUAAA